AUGUUUGUCGACUACGAAAAGAGUCGUGGCAGCUACAUCGUAGACGCGGAUGGAAACAGAUUUCUGGACUGCUUUGCUCAGAUUGCGUCAAUUCCAGUUGGAUACAACAACCCUCGUCUCGUGAAGGCGGCUCAAAGUCCUGAGAUGAUCCGCGCGCUGGUCAACCGUCCUGCCCUUGGGAGCUUUCCUCCCACUGACUGGCUCGAGACACUGCGGCAGGGAAUCCUCAAAGCUGCACCCCCAGGCUUUGACCAGGUCUUCACCUCUAUGAAUGGUUCCGAUGCCAACGAGUCUGCCUACAAGGCAGCUUGUAUGUGGAAGGCCCAGAUGGACCGGGGAGGACCCGGGGUCGACUUCACGCCUGAGGAAAUCGAGUCUGCGAUGCUGAACAAAGCCCCUGGAAGCCCAAACUACUCCAUUCUCUCUUUCAAGGGUGGAUUCCACGGUCGUCUCUUUGGCAGUCUUGCUACCACCCGCAGCAAGCCGAUCCACAAACUCGACAUCCCGGCCUUCGAUUGGCCCUGCGCACCCUUUCCAAAGCUGCGCUACCCGCUCGAGGAUAACAUCCGCGCCAACGCCGAAGAGGAAGCUCGAUGCCUCGAGGAAACCGAGAGGCUUAUCACAUCGUUCCACAACCCCGUGGCGGCAGUUGUGGUGGAGCCCAUCCAGUCUGAAGGCGGCGAUAACCACGCCUCGCCAGCGUUCUUCCAGUGUCUUCGUGAAAUGACUCUCCGCCACAACGUUAUCUUCAUCGUCGACGAGGUCCAAACCGGUGUGGGAGCUACCGGCAAGCUGUGGGCCCAUGAGCAUUGGAACCUCAGCCAGGCUCCCGACAUUGUCACCUUUUCGAAAAAGGCCCAGGCAGCAGGCUACUUCUUCCGCGACGCCGCCCUGAGACCAAAUAAGGCGUACCGCCAAUUCAACACAUGGAUGGGCGACCCCUCCAAGGCCAUCAUCAUGCGCGCCAUCUUGGAAGAGAUUCAACAGCACGAUCUGGUGGCGCGGACGGCACAAACCGGCGAAUAUCUCUAUGCCGGACUGGCCAGUCUUGGGCAGAAGUUCCCUGAUCAGAUACUCAACCUCCGAGGUAAGGACAGAGGCACGUUCAUUGCAUUCGACAGUCCUCACCGAGACGACGUGGUCCGCCGAUGUAAGCAGAAAGGCGUCAACGUCGGAGUCAGCGGCGAGCAAGCGAUAAGACUGAGACCCAUGCUCAUCUUUGAAAAGCAACACGCUGACAUUCUCUUGAACACCUUGGAAUCGGUUUUGAGAGACGUAAUAGCACGGCCUGUUGCUUUUUAA